AUGGUUUUCGCAUUCACUUUGCCAACGACCUCCCCACUCUCAUUUCAAACAUUUAUCAGUUCUCCUACCCAUCCCUCACUCCCGCAGUCGGCAUCCACGGCCCGACAUGCCCUUCGUCUCGCCCUCAAGGCUCACAAGCGUCUGCCCCGCGGUCCGCGACAAGAUGCGCAUCUCCCUACCGUUCUGGCCGCGUUGAACGAAUAUAUCCCAUACUUGUCCGCCAUCUCGCAGGGACUGUCUGGGCAAUCUCUGCAGGCUAAUUACUUCACCUCAUUUCCAGGGUCAGAGCAAACCAACAGAGAACUUAUCGAGGUCAUUCCUCACGCGGAGAUUCAUUCCGCAUGGAAGGCUACGCUUUCCGCAAGUUCUGGUCGUGUCAUUUCCGUCCACACGGCGUCAAGUCAUCCUGGUGCACAAUCGGAUCGACCGCGUGGGGGUCGCGCGGCUGGCCAGGGCAUUGAUUUCGAAAUCGCAUUCACGUUGACCACGCUGGGAUAUGUCCUGAGUCGACUUGCGCGCGCCGAAGUUCUCGAAUCUCUGUAUGCGCCGAAAACCAAAGCCCCCGAGCAGCGAACGGCCGCGGUUCAAAAUGCCACGCGAAACCUGCUCCAGGCGGGCUCAGUGCAUACCCUACUAGCUACGUCGCCGGGUGACCCGACGAGCCCGAGUACUUCGGUGCCUGAUGUCGACUCUGCCACGCAAUCGGCGCUAUCGGCAUUGGCUCUGUCCGAGGCUACACUGCUAGCCGUCUUGAAAGAUGAUGCCUACGUAACAGCGUGUAUUCAAUCACGAAAUCCCAAUGAUCGGGAAUGGAUGGUGCGAGCGCCGGAGAUUCCCAAAGUGAGAGCGCUGCUGUUUGCGCGACUGUGCGUUCGCGCUGCCGAGUACGCCGAGCAAGCUGCGGCGGGACUGAGCGCGGUCGGGUCCAGCGGCGCGGGAAAGCAAGGGAGGGUCGACGAAGAUAUCGUUCGAUAUGCGGGUGUUUUGGGACGAGUUGCGCGUGCGCGUGCUUGUCGAUUCUUUGGAAUUGAUGCCGAGUUGGCUGGGAAGACGGGCGAGGGGAUAGCUUGGUUGCAAGCUGCGCGGUCUGCGCUGGGUCUUCGGCCCGGUGCAGGCUCGCAUUCAUCUGGGCAGGAUGAAGUCUCCGGUUCUUCUGGGAAAGGCGGCUUUUCUCGACUGAAACGGGAAUGGAGCGAGCGAAGAGAGGAGAAGAAGAUUGGGAAAGAUGCUGGCGCGGGGCGGGGCGACAAGGGUAAUCUCGAGGCUGGCGAUGACGCCGGUCGUGAUGAGGAAGGUCGCGUCAUUACCAUGUUGGAGACGAAAUGGAUGAAGAUGAAUGACACGAAGAUGGGUGAACUAGCAAAACUGAUGAACGGGCAGAUCAAUACUCAAAUAGUCCCUCCCUCGGCACCAUUGCUGGCCAAUCUUCCAUCUGGUCGAGAUAUCCACACGCCUCCUGCACCGUUCAAGCCCGCUGCUUUGGAUGAGGAGCAACUCAUGCGUAUGCGAGGACCGCCAGAUGAGAGCAUCAAUAUGCGAUUUGGAAGCGACCCGGACGAUAGCGACGAGGAGCAACUCGGUUCAGCUGCUCCCGGAGCGUAUCCGGAUCGCAGCCAAACUGCUUCGAACGUGUAUUAUUAA